AGGGCUUUACGUGGCACUCCUGCUGCGAGAAAGAUCGUCAAAAUGGCCCCAAAUUCCCUCAUCUUCUUUGUGUGGUUAGGAAAAUUCAGAGCCAUAAACAGUCUCUUCUCAGCUUCUACUCUCUCUUCCACCGCAUCCAUCCCUAUCAACUACCACUCGUUUCUCUUUCAUUUUGUUUUUCUAUUUUCUGGGCUGCUUCCUUUUUCUAUGGGCGAGAAACCAAAUGGGUUGCUUUCAUUUUCCAACCCAAACUUCAAACAAAUCAAUGGAAACCCAUUUUCUCCCUUAUUAAGUCGUUUUUCUACAUACCCACGUAUUCCAAACUCAAUCUUCAAGAUUAUUACCUCAGUCAAUUCCUCAACUAAGCGUUGCGCCUAUGGAGGCAACUGCCGCGACGAUAUCUUGUGCCAAAUUGAGUAGUACAACAACUCAUCAGUGUAAAUGGAACCAGAGAUUGAGACCCUGUUCAGAUUUAUACAGAACCGUUUUCUUCUCUAAUUCCUUUAGCAGUGGCAAUGGAAGCCGAUCCGGAUCGUUGGUUGCGAGGGCCGCUGCGAAUACCGACAAUAAGGGCAAAAAGAAAACCAAAUCGAAGAAAGCUGCAGUUGCUGCUGAUGAAGAGAAAGUCGAUGAGAUUGUGGAUUCUAGUGAAGGGUUUCAACAACAGCAGCAGCAGCAACAGCCACCACAGCCGAAGAUUACGUUGGAUGAUGUGAAUCCGGUGGGGUUGGGGCGGAAGUCCCGCCAACUGUUUGAUGAAGUGUGGAGGAAGUUUUCUGGGUUGGGACAGAUCUCGAGGACUACUCGCAUGGAUGAUAAGGAAGCUCUUGAUGCUCUGCUUAUUAGGGAAGGCCCUAUGUGUGAGUUUGCUAUUCCUGGGGCUCAAAAUACCACUGUGCUUGUUGUUGGUGCCACUAGCCGGAUUGGCCGCAUUGUUGUUCGUAAGCUUAUGCUGAGAGGCUACAGUGUCAAGGCUCUAGUGAGGAAGGCGGAUGAAGAUAUUGUGAAUGUGCUACCAAGGUCGGUGGAAAUAGUGAUUGGAGAUGUUGGUGAUGCUAAUACCCUUAAGGCUGCUGUGGAGGGCUGCAAUAAAAUUAUCUAUUGUGCAACUGCUCGUUCCACAAUUACUGCUGAUCUCUUCAGGGUUGAUCAUCAAGGAGUUUACAAUAUCACCAAAGCAUUUCAGGACUAUAAUAAUAAGCUAGCCCAACUUCGAGCUGGAAAAAGCAGCAAAAGUAAGCUUCUGCUUUCAAAGUUCAAAUCUGAAGUGUCUCUGAGUGGUUGGGAAGUUCGCCAAGGAACUUACUUCCAGGAUGUUAUUGCUACUAAGUAUGAUGGAGGCAUGGAUGCAAAAUUUGAAUAUACUGAAACUGGAGAGGCUGUCUUCUCAGGAUACGUUUUUACAAGGGGAGGAUAUGUUGAGUUGUCAACAAAGCUUUCUCUUCCACUGGGAUCCACUCUCGAUAGAUAUGAGGGGAUCAUUCUUUCAGUUGGUGGGAAUGGAAGAUCUUAUGUGUUAAUUCUCGAAGCUGGUCCUUCAGCUGAUACAACUCAAAGUAAACUAUAUUUCUCAAGAUUUAGCACAAAAGCUGGAUUUUGUAGGGUCAGGAUACCUUUUUCAUCCUUCCGCCCUGUAAAACCAGAUGAUCCUCCUCUAGAUCCAUUUCUUGUGCAUACAUUGACCAUUCGUUUUGAGCCCAGGAGGCAGAGACCCGUUGAAGGACCUGCAGCCGGUGUAAAGCAGCAAGACUUGAGAAGCUUUAAGCUCAUAUUGGAGUACAUAAAAGCCUUGCCUACUGGGCAAGAGACAGACUUCAUCUUGGUUUCAUGUACAGGAUCUGGUGUCGAACCAACCAGAAGGGAGCAGGUUCUCAAGGCAAAAAGGGCUGGGGAAGAUUCAUUGAGAAGAUCAGGCCUUGGGUAUACAAUUAUCCGUCCCGGUCCCCUCAAGGAAGAACCUGGCGGCCAACGUGCCCUCAUAUUUGAUCAAGGAAACAGGAUAACUCAGGCCAUAAGCUGUGCUGAUGUUGCUGACAUCUGUGUAAAAGCGUUGCAUGAUUCUACAGCAAGAAACAAAAGCUUUGAUGUAUGCUAUGAAUAUGUUGCUGAGCAAGGAAGAGAACUCUAUGAGCUGGUAGCUCAUUUGCCUGACAAAGCCAACAACUACCUGACCCCUGCCUUAUCCGUUCUGGAAAAGAAUACGUGAUCCACACCCCACAUCUCAUCGGCUCCGAAGUUUGUAAUUAUCAAUGAGUACAUCUCUCUCUUGAAAGUUGCCACUAAAAACAUAUUUCUAUCCAGUAUAUAAAAGAUGUACAAAUUCAUUCCCUGUUUGGCAAUGGCAACAUGGAGACAAUGAUCUUUGAAACAUGCAUAAAUAUCUUUUGAGUUGGAAGGGAUGUAAAGGUGUAAGAAAUAUAAGGAAUAUAUUUCAUUCAUAUUGUUUUGAAGAAUCGUGUAAAGAAAUUGAAUGAUUUUAAAAGAAAACGAAAGAUAAGGUAAGUUGCUUUGUGUUCUA